AUGAACGGAACCACAAACAAGAAAAUCGUUACCGGCCCAGUGGGAUUAGGACCCCACAAGGCUAGUUGGAUCGGCGCCAGUAGCCCCGCCGUACCCAUCUCCACCAUGCAAGGGCGAGCGAAGUGGAAGCCCCACACCCUCGACAAAGGUCAUAGACCUGAUUAUAGAACGACGGCUAUGCCGGAACAAAAAGACAAACUCCAAAAAAGGGCUCCACUUAGCCACCGUAUUCGACGCCAGUUAAUGCACGUAAGAGAAGAGCAGGUGACUCUUCUCCUGGCCAAAUUCCCCCAUUUAUUGCUGCCGAGUUGA